AUGCAAUUACAGUAUCGAUUUGAAGAUCUACGCGACGUUGUAAUGAUUAUUUCGAAAAUGGACUACCUCACCAAUUUUCAUAAGAUCGAAAUAUGUUGCCAGAGACAUUAUUUUCAACUUUUUCCUUUAUAUCAUAACGUUGCUCAGCCAUCAUUUUCGAGACAAUCAUAAAAAUAUUUGUUCUGCUAUACAGUAUUCUAUUUUCAAACCUUUUAAAUCUUCUCGUAAACUGUUUCUCAUUUUCAACGAUAAUAUUAUAUGAUCUUCAACACGAGACACGUAUUAUCAGCUACUAUUUUAUUACAUGUAGCAAAGUGUAGUGCAACGUGAAGGUUAGACGCAUUGGGCACGCAUGAAAAUAACUGAUCCAGUAACUGUUUUAUCAAACACCAUUACCAAAUGACAACACACGAGGAACAGCCCAAAAUAACAAAUACGAAUUUUAUUUUCGUUGCAUCGUUAAUAGCAGGAGGAUUGGCUGGUACUUCUGUUGAUGUGGCAUUAUUUCCAUUGGAUACAUUAAAAACACGAUUACAAGCUAAAAAAGGUUUUAGAAAGUCAGGAGGAUGUUCCGGUCUUUAUAAAGGAAUUAUUCCUGUUUUGAUCGGUUCUGCACCAACUGCAUCCUUAUUUUUUGUAACUUAUGAAGGUAUUAAAACUGUUGUACAAUGUAAAGUUUCCGAGAAAUAUCAUUCCUUGCUUCAUAUGGGUGCUGCAUCUUUAGCAGAAAUGGUAGCAUCUCUGAUAAGAGUGCCCAUAGAAGUUGUGAAGCAAAGGAAACAAGCACUAGUAUUAAAUAAACAAGAUAUUACCCUUAGAUUACUAUAUCGUGGAUAUUGGAGUACCGUGUUAAGAGACAUGCCUUUUAGUUUAAUACAGUUUCCAAUAUGGGAAUAUUUAAAGAAAGUCUGGAAUUCUAAUAUCGAUCGGAAUAUACUUCCGGUGGAAAGCGCCGUUUGUGGAGCAAUCGCAGGUGGUGUAUCUGCUUCUGUUACUACGCCAUUAGACGUAAUAAAGACGAGAAUAAUGCUCGCCCAUAAAAAUACAAAUUCCGAGAAACUGAAAAUAUUAUAUAUGCUAAAAGAUAUAUAUAGAGAAAAAGGUUUGCCCGGACUUUAUGCGGGUAUCGGGCCUAGAAUAAUUUGGAUAACAUUAGGAGGUUUUAUUUUCUUCGGCACGUACGAAAAAGUAAAAACUGUAGUGACAAACUUCUCCACAGACUUACUUAUUUUUUUAUAA